AUGGAGCUUCUAUCUUUAGUUGUUGAGAUAGACGAGAAUUUAUUCUUGUUACCGAUAUCUUGUGAUUUGAUCGUUUAUAUCUAUAAACCCAUCCUCAUCGAAAUCUAUCUAUCUAUCUAUCUAUCUAUCUAUCUAUCUAUCUAUCUAUCUAUCUAUCUAUCUAUUGUUCAUUACAUGGCCACUGGCGUAAUGCCAACCUCUCAAUAUCCUGUUACUUUCUCUUCCUCCUUGACGCCUAUUUUCUCUCCUCGUCUUUUCCACUCAAUUCCGCGUUUGCCUCAUCUGCUCGCUGAAGCAGCGUUUUUCUUUAUCCGAGCAAAUGAUCGAUACGCACCAAGGCCAUACCGUAGGCGUCUGUGCGUGAUCCAGUGGCUCUGUGCCAUCGCUGAUUCCACCUCGAUCGCUAUUUCUUAUUUAUUUUCAAACAGUUGCACUCUCUGUUCAAUCGUCUAUAUUCCCUAUCUGCAGCAACAGCCAUGA